GGAGAACAGCUUUUGGAGGCCAGUCCGAGCCCGCCCCUCCCCAGGGCCACCCCCAGGAUUUGGGAACGUCCCAGUCUCGCUCCCUCCCGCCGCACCCGGCGCCCGGACGUGAGGGCACCGCCAGGCGAUCCUGGGCCGGGAGCGCGCCGGGACUGGAGCGGAGUUCCGCGGCUGGGACAGCGCGCCCGGGAGACGACCGGGUCCGAGCGACCAGGGCGCGGCUCCGGGGGCCGGGCCGCCGAGCCGGGAGGUCCAGCCGCGAGCGUGACCUCACGGGGAGGGGCCAGCGCGGCGGCCCCGGGCGCCGAGCCGAGUGCGGUGAGUGCGGCGCUGGAGCCAGAGCCUGCAAGAGCUCACGCUGCGGCCCCGAUGGAGCGGUACAAAGCACAGAGGUGUUGCUGUCUGGUGGUACAGAGAAGGAUCCUGCAGGUUUCUGCUUCCCUGGAGCAGCUGCUGAUAGAGCUGGACGACUUCCUCAAGAUUCUGGACCAGGAGAGCCUGAGCAGCACGGCGGUGGUCAAGAAGAGUGGCCUGGCUGAGCUCCUCCGGCUGUACACCAAGAGCAGCAGUUCUGAUGAGGAGUACAUUUAUAUGAACAAAGUGACGGUCAAUAAGCAACAGAAUGCGGAGUCCCAAGACAAAGCACCCAAGGAGCAGGAGCCGCUGAGCAACGGGGAGCCCAGCCCGCAGUCCUCGGCCCCUCAGAAGAGCCUUCCAGACCUCCCGCCGCCCAAGUUUAUUCUAGAUCGGAAACUGCUCCCCCUCCCGAAGAUCGAGUCUCCGGAAGGUUACUACGAAGAAGCUGAGCCAUAUGAUACAUCCCUAAAUGAGGAUGGCGAGGCCGUGAGCAGCUCCUACGAGUCCUACGAUGAAGACGAGAGCAGCAAGGGCAAGUCGGCCCCCUACCAGUGGCCCUCGCCCGAGGCCAGCAUCGAGCUGAUGCGCGAGGCCCGCAUCUGCGCCUUCCUGUGGCGCAAGAAGUGGCUGGGGCAGUGGGCGAAGCAGCUCUGCGUCAUCAGGGACACCAGGCUCCUGUGCUACAAAUCCUCCAAAGACCACAGCCCCCAGCUGGACGUGAACUUGCUGGGCAGCAGCGUCGUUCACAAGGAGAAGCAAGUGCGGAAGAAGGAGCACAAGCUGAAGAUCACGCCGAUGAACGCCGACGUGAUCGUGCUGGGCCUGCAGAGCAAGGACCAAGCCGAGCAGUGGCUCAGGGUCAUCCAGGAGGUGAGUGGCCUGCCCUCCGAGGGACUCGCCGAGGGAAACCAAUACAGCCCAGACGGCCAGCGCCCCAACUGCCAGAAACCAGACAUAGCUGAGAAGUACCUGUCAGCCUUGGAGUACGUCGGUCCCUUCAACGGCCACCCUGAGGUCACAGAGACCAAAGACGUCAAGAAGAAAUGUUCUGCUGGCCUCAAACUCAGCAACCUAAUGAACCUGGGCCGGAAGAAAUCCACCUCGCUGGAGCCUCCAGAAAGGUCCCUGGAAACAUCCAGUUACCUGAACGUCCUGGUGAACAGCCAGUGGAAGUCACGCUGGUGCUCCGUCAAGGACAGUCACCUGCACUUCUACCAGGACCGGAACCGGAGCAAGACGGCCCAGCAGCCCCUCAGCCUGGUCGGCUGCGAGGUGGUCCCAGACCCCAGCCCAGACCACCUCUACUCCUUCCGCAUCCUGCACAACGGCGAGGAGUUGGUCAAACUGGAGGCCAAGUCUUCUGAGGAAAUGGGCCACUGGCUAGGCCUCUUGCUCUCUGAGUCGGGCUCCAAGUCAGACCCGGAAGAAUUCACCUACGACUAUGUGGAUGCUGACAGGGUUUCCUGUAUCGUGACCGCAGCCAAAAACUCCCUGUUACUGAUGCAGAGAAAGUUCUCGGAGCCGAACACGUACAUUGACGGCCUGCCCGCCCAGGGUCGCCAGGAGGAGCUGUAUGACGAUGUGGAGAUGUCAGAGCUGAAGGCAGUGGUGGAGCCCACCGAGGACGCCGGCCCUGCUGCAGAUGCCCCGAGCGAGGGUGAGCCCGACCGCCUGUACCUGGACCUCUCGCCCAUCAGGUCAUCCCCCCACAGCCCCGAGGGCGCAGAGGCCCUGGCCUCCUCCCCUCUCCAGCCCCCCCAGGACGACCCGGCCGAGGCCCUCCCCGCAGACUCGGACCCUGUCCCCGACGAGCCCCACUGGAAGUCUCCAGAGAACCCCGAGGAGCAGCUGAGGCGGCCCGAGAGCCCAGAACCCGAGGAGUCCUCUCUGAGAAUCACCACGGUCAAAGUUCAGACCGAACAGCAGAUCUCCUUCCCCCAGAGCUGCCCUGAUGCUGCAGCCUUCAGCCCGGCUGGGGCCAGCCCACCCACGAAGGACAGGCUGAAGGCCACCACCGCAGAGAUCAAGCUGGGUAAGAACAGGACAGAGGCUGAAGUGAAACGGUACACGGAGGAGAAGGAGCGGCUGGAGAGGAAGAAGGAAGAAAUUCGGGGGCACCUGGCUCAGCUCCGGAAGGAGAAACGGGAGCUGAAGGAGGCCCUGCUAAAGUGUACAGACAAGGGCGUCCUGGGCAGCCUGGAGCAGAAGCUGAAGGAAAUGGACGAGGAGUGCAGGACCGAGGAGAGCAGGCGCGUGGACCUGGAGCUCAGCAUCGUGGAGGUGAAGGACAACCUGAAGAAGGCUGAGGCGGGGCCCGUGACACUGGGCACCACUGUGGACACCACCCACCUGGAGAACGUGAACCCCCGACCCAAAGCUGCCGCCCCGACCCCCACCCCAGACUCCACCCCGGUCAACGCCGCUACAGCGCUCAAGAGCAGACCCCUUUCCGUCAUGGCCACAGGCAGAGGCACUGUCCUCCAGAAAGCCAAGGUAAGCCAGCGGUCCCUCCUGGCCGCCUGAGCCACCAGAUACCAAAGCUUUAGCCAAGGGGGGCCCUCUUUGGCUCUGGGUGGCUCUUUGCUGCUUUAGGUGCAGGCUCUGACUGAGGGCUCUCCCCCAGUGGUGGGCCUCGCUGUGCUGGGCCUUCAGCUCAGUCCUUGGCACUGGCCAACUAGAAAGGCCCUGGCACUUGCUUCAUGUGCCCUUAUCAAUAAACCUGAGGCCACUUCAAUCCUUGAACUACCCUCUGCCCACUUACCGGUAGAUUCCAGGGGGAGAGCUGCAGUUCAGGGCCAGGUCGUGACUGAAUAGUUGUCAAAUAAAAAAUGUCAGUAAUUCUAAAGAACUUCUGCCAUUAAAAUGAAAGAAACAAAGGUCAUGUGGCUUGCCCACGGCUGCCCCAGGCAGCUUGUGGCAAAGGCUCAACAAGGAACAGAUGCAUUACUGGGUUUUUCCCUGAGGGCUAGACAGAAGUGCUAUUAAUCCUUUACUGAUUUGUACAGUAAAGAACAUGCCUAGAGCUGCCUUUGGUUUUGGCAAGCUCUGCUCCUUAUCUCCAUCCUGCUUGCCUGCUGGAGAUAUUCUGAGGCACCUACACAAAUGACUGUUAAACCCGAGAUGGAAAUACGUGGCAUGAGAACCACUACUCCCCCACUGCCGUGGCAGACAUCACUAGUCGCCUGCAGCACAGUCUGGUGCCACAGCCUCAAAAUCUCUUCAUAGGUGCUCCAAGGGGUAACACUCAAGUGGAGUUGGCACAGGUUGAAACAUAGUUGCCAUUUCUAUUCCUAAGUGCUUCUAUGCUUACAAUUUUUUCUUACAUUUUUCUGUGUGCAUAAAAGUUGCUAAGGAGAAUAACUUUCUUUUUUUUUGGGGGGGGGGUGCUGGUGUUUGAAUGGUACCCCAGGAAUGGGAGAAAAAAGGAACAAGUUAGGAAACAAGCUUCAUCUAAAGACUGUCAUAUCAACACAGACCUUGGUGACAAUCCUGCUUCACUCAAGUCUUCAUUAAAACAGCAACUCUGUGAGAGGGUGAGUCUGUUUGGAAGGAAAAGCAAGGAGCAGGAUUCUGGCAUUGGGGAGCUUUGGUUAUGAGGAGGCUCUGUCCCUUUUCAGAGACCAGGGACAUAAGGAACAAGAAAGAAGGCUUCUUUGGAGAUCUAACUAUUGGAUAUAAACAAGAAUACUGUUGUAUUUAGGGAAGUUCUAUGCUUCUUCUUUGAAGUUUUCAUCAAUUAAGUAAUGAAAAGCUUCUGACACUGAGACUUUGGGAGAAGAGAAGUCAAGGUGACCCUCUGGUUACUCAAUACUUAGCAGUGUGUGGGGUUAAACCGUCCUUGCCUUUGUUUGUUCUCUCCAGUAUUAGCAGGAUCAACUCAAGUCUCUGGUGAUUUUAAACAGCAUUGACACCACCUGUUUAAAACUAUGACAUGCUGUUUGAGAAGCACUAACGGAGAUAUGUGGGACCAAGCUGAGGAACUGUUCCCAUUAAGUUAAGGACUUUUUAAAAAAAUUUUUCAGCCUAGCACAGGCCUGAAUUAACUACUUUUCAAGAAACUUUUAAAAUGUUUAAGAUUCUGUAAUUUAGAACUGUAAAAAGCAUUUUUGGAGAUUAACUGACUUUUUUAUAUUACCACAGAAAAAAUUUCCUUGUGUUUACAAAUUCAGUCCUGUGGCCAGGCCCCUUCCAAGAAAAAAGUGGUGAAUUUUGGUUAGAGAGUGGUUUCCUUUUUCUCUUAAAAUUGGUAACACUAUUCUUUGAGCUGCCUGUCUUUCCUCUGAUGGCUCUUUUUUCUUUAUUUUUUUUUAACAAGGAUUGAAACAUUUCAUUUUUCAUUUCUUCAUCAUUUCUUGGGUUCUGUAACACUGGUUCCUGAGAACUAAAGGUUGUUUUGAUUCUUGUCUUUCUAAUCCAAGGGCAUUUACUUCCUUUGUCAUAACCACUUGGCAAUCCUUUACCAAUUGGUGAGUCAUGAUUUUUUUUAAAUAAAAUUUUAAUUGAA